CUCGUCUUUCUUGGACUGCAGCAGAGCAUCGCUGCAUCGAGGAAGACACGAAUCCAGCCCGACUCUCUGCAGGAACCGCACUUGCUCCGGGUGCUUCAGGGAGGACUUUCUCCGCGAUGCGUCUGCGCCUGCCCGCCUGGCUCACGGCCUCCUCGAUCGGACUCUGACAGAACCAUCCACUUUCAGACUCGUUUCAUCAUCGCGCUCCGGCCGAUGGAGUUGGACAUCAUUACUUAAUCAUUAGCAUCCUGGCAGCCCAGCCCAGCCAUCUCCCCUGCUGAAGCCCAGAAGCCCCACAGACAACUCCCAGAGGCCAGUAGCCGAGAUGGAGGACACACACAGCAACAGGACUUCCUUGGUCAAAGGUGCCAAAGACAUCGCUAAAGAAGCCAAGAGACAAGCCGCCAAAAACUUCAACAAAGCCGUCGAUCGAGCGUCGGACGAGUACUCAGGUCACCGCAGCUACAACCGCUUCCAGAACGAGGAUGAGGAGGAGAACUACAACGGCUACGGGCAUCAAGAUGGACGCUGCAUGGAGGAGGCCGCCAACGACGAUGAUGGAGCUUCCAGCGACGCCACGGAGGGACACGAUGACGAGGACGAGAUCUACGAGGGGGAGUAUCAAGGCGUGCCCGCGUACAGCGACGGGAAGCCCAGGGAUGGGCAGGUGGCUCUGGGUCAGCCCGUGUCGGACAGUCUGAAGAGCCACAAGGAGCUGGAGAACGAAAGGCAGGCGGACGAGGAGGAGCUGGCGCAGCAGUACGAGCUCAUCAUGCAGGAGUGCGGGCACGGCAGGUUCCAGUGGCAGCUCUUCUUCGUGCUCGGGCUGGCGCUCAUGUCAGAUGGCGUGGAGGUGUUCGUGGUGGGGUUCGUCCUGCCCAGCGCUGAGACGGACAUGUGCGUCCCCAACUCCGGUGCUGGAUGGCUCGGGAGCAUCGUCUACUUGGGCAUGAUGUUCGGAGCUUUCUUCUGGGGCGGCCUCUCCGACAAGGUGGGCCGACGGCAGUGUCUGCUGGUCGCCAUGUCGGUCAACGGCUUCUUCGCCUUCCUCUCCUCCUUCGUCCAGGGCUACAGCAUGUUCCUCUUCUGCCGGAUGGUGUCUGGCUUCGGGAUCGGAGGAGCGGUGCCGAUCGUGUUCUCCUACUUCGCAGAGGUAUUGGCCCGGGAGAAGAGAGGAGAGCACCUGAGCUGGCUCUGCAUGUUCUGGAUGAUCGGAGGGAUCUAUGCCUCGGCGAUGGCCUGGGCCAUCAUCCCUCACUAUGGCUGGAGCUUCAGCAUGGGCUCAGCCUACCAGUUCCACAGCUGGAGAGUGUUCGUGGUGGUGUGUGCUCUUCCGUGUGUGUCCGCGGUCGUCGCUCUCACCUUCAUGCCGGAGAGCCCCCGUUUCUACCUGGAGACGGGGAAGCACGAUGAGGCCUGGAUGGUCCUCAAACACAUCCAUGACACCAACAUGCGCGCUCGUGGAGAGCCGGAGAGAGUCUUCACCGUCAACAGAAUCAAGAUUCCCAAGCAGCUGGACGAGCUGGUGGAGAUGCAGAACGAGUCGGCCAAUCCGCCGCUGAAGCUCUUCCAUAAGAUCCGAUCUGAGCUCAGAGGGGUCUGGGCCACCUUCAUGAGGUGUUUCAACUAUCCAGUGAAGGACAACACCAUCAAACUGGCCGCUGUCUGGUUCACACUUUCGUUUGGGUACUACGGUCUGUCCGUGUGGUUCCCCGACGUCAUCAAGCACCUCCAGGCCGACGAGUACGCCUCCAGAGUGAAGAUCCACAGCAAUGAGCGCAUCGAGGACUUCACCUUCAACUUCACACUGGAGAACCAGAUCCACCGGAAUGGACUCUUUCUCAACGACAGGUUCAUCAGCAUGAAGUUCAAGGCGGUCACUUUCAUUGACUCGUCCUUCGUAAACUGCUACUUCGAAGACAUCUCCUCCGUGGGCUCCUCCUUCAAAAACUGCACGUUCCUGGACUCCUUCUUCUACAACACAGAUAUCGACGAUGCUAAGCUAACCAACUCCAGAGUCAUCAACAGCUCCUUCCACCACAACAAGACAGGUUGCCAGAUGACGUUCGAUGAUGACUACAGCGCCUACUGGGUCUACUUCGUCAACUUCCUGGGAACGUUGGCCGUGCUUCCUGGAAACAUCGUCUCUGCGCUGCUCAUGGACAAAAUCGGACGCCUCAGCAUGCUAGGGGGCUCCAUGGUCCUGUCCGGCAUCAGCUGCUUCUUCUUGUGGUUUGGAACCAGCGAGUCCAUGAUGAUCUUCAUGCUGUGUCUCUACAAUGGCCUCAGCAUCUCCGCCUGGAACUCUCUUGACGUGGUUACGACGGAGCUGUACCCGACGGACCGAAGAGGGACAGGCUUUGGUUUCUGCAAUGCUAUGUGUAAACUGGCCGCCGUCCUGGGGAACCUGAUUUUUGGCUCGCUGGUCGGCAUCACCAAGGCGAUCCCCAUCCUGCUUGCCUCGGCCGUGCUGGUGGGCGGCGGCCUGGUGGGACUUCGACUUCCAGACACCAGAGCCAACGUCCUCAUGUAACGCUGAGUGGCUGUUCACCGACCGCCGUCAAGAUUUUGGACUCUGGAAGUAAGGCUCGCCAAUCCGAAUUCAGCGACGCCGCGGCCGACGGGCUCAGUGUCGACUGGUGGUCCUGAAAGCAACCAGCGCUCGAGUCUUGUGUUCACUCACUCAUCUCUCCCGAGACUCUUCACACACGUGCAUGAGAACCUGCAGCAGCUGUUGUCGUUUUAUUGAUUUGUUUGUCCUGUCAGAGAAGCAUGGUCGACACCCUCCGAGAGAAAGAGUUUUGUCUGAAUUGAAGAGUCGGUUAAUGAUUUCAGAUUUUGGGGGGAAAUAGUUUCUUCAUUAUUUCUUAUUAUUCAUGUUUUUAUUUUCAUUUAAAUAUUUCUUGAUUUUUUUUUUCAGUCCAGAAGAAGGGGUGUUUGGAAACCAUGUGUAUCAUAAAUUAAUAUGGGAAAUAUGUCUUCCCCAUAGUUCUACAAAGAAGAAGAAGAAAAGCUUACGUAUAUAGAGCCCUGCAGUAUGUUGUUGUCACAUCAAUAAUUAAUAACAUGCCACAAGAUGAACAAGUUGUUCAUUUUUUUAGACAGUUUGAAAUGAUAAUUACGAUUGUUUUUUUUUUCUUUUCUAUUUAUUUAUUUAUUCGUUUUUGGGUCAAAAGAUAUGGAUUAUUCUUAAGACCUAAUAAGUUGUUUUUUUUAUCCAAGAGAAAUUUUCAAUUUAGUUGAUAGAUCAACAGACAGAAAUGACUUUAUGAAUUCAUAAAUGUGUUAUUUUCUGAAUCAAAAGCUUUUGUUAAAAAUGACUUGCGUUGUAAUUAGAUCUAUUUUUCUGAUGACUUUAAUAAAUAUAAAUCAACAUAUAUAUGUAUAAACAUAAUAGGACAAUAUUUUUCUCAAUAGUUUCCCAAAGAGAAACAUGUUGUUAAAAUAUAUGCAGUACAGUAUAUUGUUCAUUCACAUUAGACUCUUUAUUUUACUUAAUUUAAUUUAAAAAAUGUUUUUUUUUGUCAAGAGACAACAGAAACUGACUUAUAAAUUCACCAACUUUGGGGUUCCCUCGAGAGAAAGAGCACGCUUCUCUGGGUGAUUUAUGUGUCCCUCACGUUUGAGAUUUUGUGUCCCUUCGUUUGUCGUGUCAAUGUUUCUGCCUUCUCUGCGGCAUGUGGACGCGACGUCUGCAGUUUCUGACAGCAAGUUUACAUGUUCUGCUUCGACAGCAAACCAACUCUGAGAAGAUCCUGCUCUCUUCCCCGUCUUGUGGUGCUGUGGCCUCACCUCCAAGGGCUUCGCUCGCCGUCGCUGUUCUGCCUGAUCUGAACCAAGGACAGAAAAGCUAAAUGUUUCCUGGUUCACUCAUCUCUCCUCGGUUACCCGUGUCUCUGACUCACUCUCCAACUCAAGGCCUUCUCUCUCUCUCCUCUCUCUCUCAAAUGUGGUGCCUCUUUCUCUCCAUCCAGACCAGGCUGAAGCUGUGCUGCUUUGUGUGUGUGUGUGUGUGUGUGCGUGCGUGCGUGUGCAUGUGUGUGUCCGAAGAAGGAACAUCUCGAUCGUUGCUUCACCUCUUGGAGGAACCAGUCACUUGAUAAAGUGAAAUUAAAAGCCAUGAUUGAAGGGUCCGGGAUCUCGUUCAGGGAUGUCACUCACCUGACCUCUGAAGGCUGCUGCCUCAACGUUUCUCAGCUCAGUGUUGUUCUCAGUCAAACAAACAAUGGUACACAACUGGAACAAAACAGAUCUACUGUGAGAAAGAAGCUCUAAAAUCCAGUUUCCCGAACAGGAAAAAGCACAGAGCAUGCAGACCUCCGCCAAGCAGCUCAUUUCCUCCCAACUGUCUUCUUCUAUAUUCACUCUGUCUUUGUCACUUCAUACAGUCUUUUAGCAUUUGAAAUAUUCUUACCAUGAAGAGUGGAAUUUAAAUGAGCUCACAGAGACAGCAGGUGGCAGUAGUGUUCCAAAAGUGCAGGGUCCAGAUGGUGGUCCAGAGCACCAUCAAAACUAACCUCUUGCCACCUGUUUAUGUUUCCUGAGAAACAUUAACAAGGGUUAAUAAGGACUUGUCCAGUGUAUUCUGCUAACCCUCCUUGGCGGAGGAGAUGAAGGUCAUGUGGUGGCCACGACAUGGAGGACAGUAGCUGUUGACACUUGGGGUUGGAGAUUUGCAUUUUAAAACUGAAGAUGUUCCUCUGGCACAUUUCAUGUGGAAGAAAGAGCUGAGCCAGAAGAUAAAGCUUUCCACUGGCCAGUGGGUUUCUCCUCUCACCACUGGUCACCAACUGUGGAGUGGCCCAGGGUUUGUCUGGACUCUGCGAGAGAGAGAAGCUCAGUCAUCCAGGAGAGAUUCAGAGGGGAACCUUUGUUCCUCCAGGAAGAGACAGUCCAUGACUAGUGAGGUGGGAGGAGGCCUGGGGCAAAGAAGGAAGUCUCUCGAGUCGAGUUUAUGGUGUCCUCCGCUUCUCGUCCCGGGAGCAGGGGUGGACUCCUGCCCCCUGUGAGCGUGUGAAGCUGACAAUGAACAGAUGAAUCAAAAGAUUAAGAGACCAAAAAUAGCUAAAAAACAUGGAUUUUCCAAAACAUUCAAAGAAAAUGUGAGUGUUGUUCUGGAGAAACAGGUUUUGAAUUGACAUGAUGAGCAAGUGGCCACAGCCAUAAGACUUGACUUUGUCAGUGACCCACUUCCUCGACGAGACCCUGUUGUCUUCACCGCUUGAGUGAAGUGACCCUUUCAAACCUCCAGUGAAAACAGAUGUUGCUCGCUUUGUUGUCCUCUUCUCUCUCAAAAAAGCUCACCGUUUUGGAAGUGCAGGCGACUCACACGCGGCUUCUUGGACUGUGUCUGCACUCCUGCAUGUUUGUGUCCCCUCGUGUGUGUUCCCCUCGUCUUGGCUCUUCCUCCCCGGGAGGAGGAGGUCAAUAGUGAAUGUAUCGAUCUCGUCGAAAGUGUACGGUAUGGAAGGCAUGACACGACUGUUUGUGCUGUGGCGACCGGCAGGAGGCGCUGCCGGUCGUCGCUGAGGUCGGGACUUGGGAGCGGACCAAGCUUGAUAUGAUUUAUUUUGAUAAGAAAAGUGUCGCGACAGAUCCUUU